AUGGAUGGUAGAACGCACUUCUCUAGUGUGAAAGCAACUACAAGGGCGGAGCUGUUAGGUUUUAGUUUCUACGUGGAUCGCGUGCACCGUAUGCUACUUCGCGGCAACUGCGCGCACUGCGUAAGUGAUAUAGCACCGGUCUGCCUGGCUGCUGUGCUCGAGUACCUGGUUGCUGAGUUACUGGGUGUGGCGAGUGGUGUAGCUGUGGAUAUUGAGAGAGCGUGUAUGUUCCCUCGUCACCUGCAUAUGGUCAUUUGCGAAGACGAGGAGCUGAACAACUUCGCAGCGAAUAUGACCACGCCACCAAUUAGCAUGGGGGCCGUCUGGGGUGGCGCUGCUGGCCAUGAAGAUGGAGAAGUCCAUAGGCAUCAGGAAGUAGGCUGA